AUGCUGAACAGUAGUAUCUCAAGUACAUUAAAGAAUAAGUUGGUUACUGACGAUUUGGAAGAUAUACAUGAUGAGGAAAGGCAAAAGAUUCGAGCGGAAUUAUCCAACAUGAGUUUCUUAGAAUUACAGAAGCUCAAGGAAGAAAUGGGCUCUAAAUUAUACAACAAAGCAGUUUUUGGUACAACAAAGAAAAUUAAAAAAACUAAGACAGACUUCAAAAGAGAAAAUAAAAAUCGACCACGUGAAAUGUCAGCAAAGAAACAAGUUCCUUUGUUACGAGAUUUGCCAAAUGUUAAAAAAAUUGAACACAGAGAUCCUAGAUUUGAUGAACGAGCCGGAGAAUUCAAUGAGAAAGCAUUCAAAAACAAUGAAAUUUUUGAUUACGAGAAUGGAAAAUCAAAUCCGUGA